AUGAAGACUUCCAUUCCUUUACUGCUCGCCUCUGCUUUGCAGGCUUUGGCGGUUCCAUCGUACAAACCAAACUCCAACCAUUUCUAUCCCAGUGCUGUCGCUAUCGGCAAUGCUCCGCAAAUCAAGACACAACCAUUCGCUCCUUUCACCCUAAACUCGAAAAAUCCCAUCGCCACCUUGGACUAUGGUUACGAGGUCGCAGGAUAUCCCUUCUUCAAGGUCACCGGCUUCGAAGGCAAAGUUCAGAUCGAAGUCAAAUACACUGAAAACUUCAACGACAUUAACUUGCCCUACUCUGACGGCCCUUUCCCGUUUGCUGAAGGCCUUUCAAACACCUACAGAGUCGAGACAUUUGAAGUUUCCUGCACAGGACAGUUGGACUCAUUCCUUGCACAGGGAGGUCAACGCUGGCAGACCAUCCGCUUGCUCACUUCCGGCUCUGUCACGUUUGCGAGCGUUGGUUUCACCGCAACUAUCGAUGUAGUCGACUACGACAAGCUGCCUGGACGUUUCACCUCCUCCAAUUCGCUGUACAAUGAGGUUUGGAAGCUCGGUGCUAGAGCGGUUGGCGCGGCCUGCUUCUCGGCUGGUGCUUACAAGCCAAAAUGGGAGAUCUCAUCGAGCAGCGGUGCUCUCGUCAGGGGAUCCCGUGCUGGUCUUUCCUUGGCUGGAGAUGCUUUCUCAAACUAUAAUCUCACCUUUUCAACCAAAAUUCAACGUGGAAGCUUGGGAUGGGCCAUGGCUUACCCUGUGGCAAGCAGAACGGGUGGCAUCCAACUUAAUCUGGUUGGAGACUAUCCCGCCGCUACUACCUACUCUAACGUAAAUCGCACACUUCUACCCGCUAACAGCGUCGUUCUUGGAUUUGGCUUCAGUCUUGUGAAUCAGACUACAGUACCCUCCUACUACCUCGAUACUUUCGAAGUUCCUUUCGAUGUCAAGGAGGGUCAGUGGUACUCCGUAUCUGCUGCCAUGUACGACGGUAACUAUCUUGCUGUCAAAGUGAACGGAGUCAAGAUCUUCAACGUUACCUUGGACAAGUACUACACCAGCACCUCUGGUUCCAUCACCACUGGCUCGUUCGGUUUCGGUGGUUGGCAGGAUCAGGCUGCAUAUUUCAAGGAUGUCAAAGUUGCUUCGAGCAAUGGCACGGUCAUUUACGCCAAUUCUAUGACUAAUGCCUCUAUCGUUCUGCCAGAAUACGGUAUGCAAUCCAACACGGAAGCAGUCUGUCUCGAUGGUGCUAAGCGUGACCGCCUGGUCUGGUUGGGUGACUUUUACCACGCUGCCGGCAUCCUCGGCGUCUCGACAUCUCGCUCAGACUACACGACCGGCACUCUACAAACGUUCCUUGACUGGCAGCUCCCUAGCGGCCAACUACCUUUGGACACUGCUAUGGGAUACCCCGGCUCUGCAACUUCUCAAUUUGCUAUAUCGACACCUGAUGGACCGAUAUACCCUCUGGAAGACUACCACAUCCUGGGUCUCAUCUCUUUUGGUUCAUACAUGCGUUACACCAAUGAUGUUACGUUUGCUGCCAAGAGCUGGUCGCAGUGGAAACUGGCCGUCAACUGGUUAGUAAGCAAGAUUGACAAGUCUUCAGGACUUGUCACUCUUACGUUCCUCACUUUCAUUGGUGACGGUAGUGGUCUGGCUGUCAAUGCUGCCACGGUCCAGGCAUUACGAGUAAUGGCCGAGGUUGCAGCUUCAGUAGGAGAUGCCGGCUCCGCCAGCUUGUGGACCGCCUCUGCAGAUUCCCUGACUUCAAAAAUUCAGUCCAGUUUCUGGCAAUCCAACCUCGGCUACUUCUCAGACACCAAGUCCAACGCAUCUGCCUACUCAGUAUCGGGUCUGUCUUUUGUUAUCACCUCUGGCGUAGCAACUUCCUUGCAAGCAACCUCGUGUAUCAAUGCGCUAGCCGAGCUCAAACUCAGCCCUGGUUACAAGGACUCAACCGCCAUAUCGUCAUCCGGCCUUGUUACCAUCUCUCCCAACACGAACGGCUUCCUGCUUUCCGCGCUUAUGCAGUCGAACCGCACGAGUGAGACACGCUACUUGAUGGAUAAUCUGUGGGCAGCCAUGAUCAACAAUGACACCACCCACUCCGGCGCCUCCUGGGAGUACGUAGACACCAAUCUCGAGCCCGCACUGUCGCGUUACACCAGUCUUUCGCACCCAUGGGGUGGCGCAGCCACCUACAUCCUGACCGAAUACGUCGCCGGCAUUAGACCCCUAACUUUGGGCUACAAGACUUGGAUAAUCGAGCCCGCUUACACCGGCUUUGACCUCUCGUACGCAAGUGCGCAGGUUAAGACUCCACAUGGUACAUUGAAGGUAUCGUGGACCAUUGCUCUCGGCAGGAUUAAUGCAGUUAUCAAUGCUCCGGCUGGCACUUCGGGAACCUUUGUGAUCAAUCGUGCUCUGGCCAACUGUACCAAGGCGAACACCGUUAUCACAAUUGAUGGUGGUAGGUUGCCUAAGGUGAUCUCUCUAGCAUUAUAG